AUGAACUCCUUCCGCGUUGCCCGUGCGGCUCUCCGAGCUCGCCCCUCCGCCAUCCGAGUCCCUCUCCAGCGAAGAACCUACGCCGAGGCCGUCCCCGACAAGGCAAGAUUCAGCGAACCCCGUGCCCCGGCUACGACUAGGUUUUGCUCUAUCUACAAGUCCCAGGAUGUCGUCCAAGUCAACAUCCCCGCCGAGUCUGGAGAGAUGGGUGUCCUCGCCAACCACGUUCCUUCCAUUGAGCAGCUGAAGCCUGGUCUGGUUGAGGUUGUCGAGGAGUCCGCUGGCUCCAAGCAGUUCUUCCUCUCUGGUGGAUUCGCUACCGUUCAGCCCAACUCCGUCCUCAGCAUCAACGCUGUUGAGGGAUACCCCCUUGAGGACUUCAGCGCCGAGGCCAUCCGAGCCCAGAUCGCUGAGGCCCAGAAGGUUGCCAACGGCAGCGGAAGCGAGCAGGAUAUUGCUGAGGCCAAGAUCGAGCUGGAGGUUCUCGAGACCCUGUCUGCGCACGUGAAAUAA